AUGUUAGACACUAUAUUACAUUCUUUAGGACUGAAUGAUGUCUCGACAUAUUCCGAUGAUGAUAUGAUUUAUAGACCACCUUCCGGCCGAGUUGCCCGAUAUCAAAUUAUAAUUGCAUCUACUUUAGGCCUUAUAGCAGUACUGUUAUUUUCACUUUUACGACUAAAAUAUCCCAAAAUUUAUGUGGCCAAUUUCAAUGAUUUAAAUUUUAGUCUUCAUUCGACAUCUAGAAGGAAUUUACCUAAACUACCUUCAAAUUCUUUCUUUGGUUGGAUACCUACUGUGUACCGAAUCUCGGAAUCGCAAAUUUUGGAAUAUGCUGGAUUAGAUGCAGUGGUAUUUCUUGAAUUUUUCAAAAUGUGUAUUAAAAUAUUAACUAUUUGUCUUGUUUUUGCAUUGGUUGUGAUAUCACCUAUUCGAUAUAAGUUUACUGGAAGAGUCGACCAUGAUUACCCAGACGAUAAUGUCAAUGGUACAGCAACUUUUAGAACACUUGCAAGAGAAACCACUAGAAUUUCACAGAGUGAUAGUGAUGGUAACGGUGAUGACAAAGGACCCACGUACCAACAAUUUCUUUGGUUAUACACGAUAUUCACAUAUGUUUUCACUUUUGUUGUGGUGUAUUUUUUGUUUCAAGCAACCAAUAAAAUUGUCAAUAUGCGUCAAAAAUACCUUGGCUCUCAGAAUUCUGUUACUGAUAGAACAGUUAAGAUUUCAGGAAUUCCAGGGCUGUUAAGAGAUGAAGUAACAUUGGCACGACAUAUCGAUAGUUUAAACAUUGGAGAGGUUGACUCGGUUUUGAUUGUGAGGGAGUGGCAAAAUUUAAAUAAACUAUUCAAGAUUAGAAAAAGGAUUCUAAGAAGACUUGAAGAGAGUUGGGUUGAGUAUUUUGAGAAAAAUGGACUCGCCGAUAAACUUGAAUUGUUGGCACUACAUCCACAUGUAGGUGAACUGUAUAUAUAG